UCGAAUCUCCUCCAGGUGAAUGACAAAAAUUUCAAAGAGAUUGUCAUUGACUCCGGUAAAUUCACCUUCGUAGAUUUCUAUGCUGACUGGUGUCGUCAUUGCAAGAACUUGAUGCCAACAAUUGAAGAACUUGCAGAUGUUUUCGAGCCAUUCCAAGACCAAGUCCAAGUUGUGAAAAUAAACGGAGACAAGGACGGAAAGAAGAUGUCUAAGAAAUACGUCUUCAAAGGCUAUCCAACCAUGUUGCUUUUCCACGGCAACGAUGAACCAGUUGAAUAUGACGGUAUUAGGGAUUUGCAGGCUUUGAGCAAUUUUGUUCAACAAAUCACAGGAGUCAGAUUAGCAAGCAUAAAACCGGAAGGGGAGGUCGAAGAGUCUAAGGUAGAACAGGAACCAACUGGUUUGAUUCGAUUGAAUGAUAUCAAUUUUGAAGACAAAAUUAGAGAGACUCCGUAUUCAAUUGUAGUAUUCACUGCCACUUGGUGUCAAUUCUGUCAGAAGUUAAAGCCGGUACUUGAAACUCUUGUUGAUGUCGUAUUCGCCAACGAGAAAGAAAAAAUACAGAUAGCAAUUGUGGAGCUUGACACGGAACCCGGAGACAAACUAAGUGAUAGAUACCACAUACUGACGUUACCAACAAUCCUCUUCUUCAGUAAUGAGUAUGAUGAACCUAGCAUAUAUGAUGGUGAAAAGGAAUUAUUGCCUUUGCUUGCCCUGAUCAAUGAAUUCACAGACUCACACCGCGACGUUGAAGGAAGGCUUUCUAAUACUGCGGGGAGAAUUCAAGAAGUUGACAAUUUGAUUAGCCAGAAGAUUUUACAAGGAUUCAAAGGAGAUUUGAGUACAGCAGGAAUAGAGCUUUUAGGCGAAAUUUCACAUUUAUCAAAUGAGAAUUACGAGAUGCUUCCCUAUUAUAAGAAGUUGGUAAGCAAGAUCAUAAAUAAUGAAAUGGACUUCUUCAAGAAUGAGUUUUCCAGAUUAGCGACUAUAUUGGAGAAUGACAUCUCAAAAUUGACGCCAAAUACAAUCGACUCGAUGCAAAAGAGAUCUAAUAUUUUAUCUUCAUUUAUCUAG